CACCAACGAGGACGAAGUGUCUGAAACAAGCCACACAGAGAGAGAAGAGAGGGAGAGAUAAAGAGAGGAUUGUAACCCACAUUGGCGGCGGUCAACAGUUUGGCUAACUUCAGCAGGAAGAAUGAACUCUUAUCUCAGUGCAACGUUAGCAACACAGUUAUAUCAUGUAAAGGAGGGUCAACGACCAACAUGAUUAAACGCCUCAGGAUUCAUGGAGGAGAAAUACCUGAGUGCCCGACUUUGGCGCGCUUUGCCGGUCUUCCAGAAUCAGAUAAGUGAAACAAUAAACCUGUCUUCUGCUAACAUUGAAGCAGCAAACAAAUUGUACUGUGUACGGUGGGUCAACUUAAAUAUCCAAUAAUGUUAGCCCUCAUACUUUUUCAUAGACAAACGACCUGACAACAAAAGUUGAUAUUUAUAUACUGGUUUAAAAUGGCCCUGUGAGAAAUCCAUAGUAAAGUUCUUAUAAAGUUAAUAUAAUAAAAAAAUUCAUGGAGAAGUUCAUAAAUGUCAUCCAAAAAGAAGAACUCUGGUUGGAUGGAAGGAAAUAGAAAAUGGCACAACUAAAGGAGUACAAAUAAGAGCCUGAACUAGCAGAUAAAAAUCUGCCUCAAAACUCAUGGUCUCAGGUGCCUUUAUGUCGGAUAUUCUUCUGACUGUGUGGCAGGAUGUCAUGAAAAUCUAUGGACAAGAAAAUCAAUCUAAGCUCCAGGGAUGGUGUGCCUGUGACUCAGAUUUGGUUCCAAAUAUAAGUGACAAUAGGUUUAAAGAAAUGGGUCUCAAUGGGUUUAACCAACUAUAAUUCAUUUGUCCACAAGGGGGCAUAACAUAGUUUUGAAGCUCUACAGAGUAAAUACAAAUUGGAGAAAGAUGACUCCUAUAGAUAUUUGGAGGUCUGACACUUCUUUAACCAAAACUUAGGAGGUCUUAGAGCAAUUUAAAUUAGAGUUUCUACAGGCAUUUCUGUUUUAAUUGAAAUCCCAAUCUUGUGAUACGAUCAUUUCAAAACAGUAUAUUGCCAUCCAAAAAUCUAAACAUGAUAACACUGAACACAUAAGGAAGACGUGGGAAAGAGAAAAACAAUCUUGAUUCCUUCAGCAAACUGGGAAAACAGUGUGCCAGUUACAGUUUCAAGUUUUACCAAAUGUGGACUAAAAGGACUGAAUAUGCUAAACAUGCAUGACCCGAUUUUGUGUACAUUUGUAUGUAAUUUCUGAAAAAUCCGAUUAAAUCGGCCAAUUUUUGCCCGUUUGAGACUAAUUGGUAAUCGGCCAAAUCUCUCUGAUUGUCGCCGAUAUUUUCAGAAAUAAUACGUGGAGAAUAGGAUUCGUUUUCACUUCGAAAAUGUUCCGCCAUUUGAAAAGAUCCCCUGACUUAUCCUGUGGCAUAGCGACCUCAUGACAAUCUUCAUCCACGAACUACCUCACAGCACAGCAGAGUGACGGAUCUGAAGCAGGCAGCUCAGGGACCCACGGAGGAGAGUGGUCCAUCUCAAAGGUAAAUAAACCAGUUUGUGAAAUACACAAUAAGUCCACAAGUUUCAGUUCAACCCACUUCACGAUGUUCCCCGCUGUGUUGGUUUCGGUCACGCCGAGUUCAUGGUGAAGCACCAUGUAAUAUGCAAGCUAAAGUUAGAGUUAGCCACCUGCUAUUAGCCGUGCUACACCUUUAGCCGUGCUAGUAACGGUAGAAUAAACAACAGUACACAUGACGUGAUCGAGCUACUUCUUUUACUUGCAAAGUUCGAAAUGCCUUUUUGGUCCGAGUUAAAUACGUGGAAUAUUACUGAGAUCAUCAGUUGGUCUUCCUGUUGGCGUGAAGAGCAGUAGCCUACAGUAUAUUGAGUUUAGGUGAGUUAGCUUUAUUUUUAUAUAUUUAUAUAGGCUAUUUAUUUUAGAGGAUGACGAGUGUGUGAGUUUGACAAGAAGGAGGUUGACAAAAUAAUUAGAUUCACACCCGUUAAAGUCUAAAUAAUAAGCUGAAAAUAAUUAGUUUAUCGUCUUUAUUACAGUUAAAAUAAAUCACCAGGGGUGUAGUGUAAGUCAUAUUAUGUAAACACAACUAAGAAAAAUGCUUAAUGUAGGCUAUGAGUUUGAAAAUGGCUCAUAUAUAACUAGACAGAUUCUUUUAAACAAUGCAUAUUUAAUGUAUACUUGCUGCUCUCUCACUUUUUUCUUUUUGUUGUUGUUUUUACAGAUGUCAAAAGAAAGCAAGUGUAGCAAGUUGUGGGACCACUUCACCUUGAGCAAAAGAGUUGGAAGUUAACUUAACUGUUUGCACUUUACACAAAAUACCUCAUUCUUUUCAGUUGUUUAGCAAAGUGUUUGAAAGGCUCGAAAGCAGCCAUUUAUAAAAAAAAAGUGUUGCCUGGCAUGAUGCCCAUUGAAGCACUGCUGCCACACCUUGCACUGGCUGCUUGUAGGGAGUAAUGAGAGGGAGUGGGUACUGGAGGCGCAGAUACCCACUGUCUGCUAGGAUGAAGUGCCCUGGAGGAGGGUACAUCGCCCAUCUGUACAUUGGGCUGUGUCAGAGUACUCUGGCGUAAUGCACAGACCCCAGGCCAGCCCACAUACGUGUCAAUGAAGUGGCCAUGAUGGCCACAAACUGCUUGCAUUAGCACAGAUUCAAAAAUUUUUUUUGUUUAGAUAGUGGCCAUCAGGGCCACUUGGGGGGCUUAAUUUGCACAUGGCACAUUUUGAUUGCGCUGGCACCUUUGUGAAAAGCUCGGUGCUUUGCCAGCCCUGCAAACCCCUGAGGUACGGCCACUAGAUCAUCGUCAGAGCUGGUGGGGUAGAUGAUCCUGUAGGGAAGGGCCACUACCUCCUCUGUAACUUGGUGGAUGAUGCGGUGGACAGUAGAGCAGGGCAUCCCAAACACCCUUGAGACCACCCUGUAUGAUACCCUACUGGCCAGCCAGAAAAGGAACACCAGAGUCUCUAAUUGUGGUGCCCCAUCCAUGCCUCUGCUCCUGAUGAAGAAGGUCCAGCAGCAGUGCCAGGGACUCUCUGCCCAACCUGAACUUCUCCCUGGUGUCAGUGCUGGAAAAAAAAAUGUUGGAGGACCCCUGUGUUGACCCUGCAGUACAAAAGUCUGGUCUGUGUUGGGAACAGAGCAGGAGAACAAGUAACACGUUUGUUACUGGAGGGCAACAUCAUGCCAUAAAGGGUUAUGGUUUGUUUAUACACAGAUUGGCUGAAGUCCUGCAAAUGUAUGUGCUCUUCUUGUUAGUCAUUAUUUAGUUUGCUAUUCUCAGCCUGAUUCUCACGUAAACCGCUGAUAAAUGACCUGAACUGCACUUGUAAGCACACCUGGACUUUGUAAACUCCUACAUGUUCAAACUUUUUAACUUUGAACUGUCCUGAAAAAAGAAUCAAUAACAUUUUUAUUACCUGAACAUGAACAAACAGGUUGGCAGAGAUAAGAUGAGUCAAGAAGGUAGAAAGGAAUUAAAACAAUUAACUUUAUUAAGUAUGGAUCAAAGAUUGUAAAGUUGCUCAUAUUGAAAAAAAGCAACAUUUCAAUAAAUGCAGUAAAUGAUCUGCAACAGUCUGAACAGUUGUCAGUUAUCUGCAGUAAACCUUUAACAAAACAACUUCAGAUACAAAUUUCUUUUUCAGCAGCUUUCUGGUUUUUCAUUCUUUGCAGCAUGUUUUUUCAUCAAGAUAGGAUAAGAUUGAGACUCAACUUGUAAGAUCAGACCUACUCUGAUCCAUCUUUAACUACGAUGAGUGAAGCACCUUGCAGCAUGUAGCAAGAAAAACUUCUUUUUAACAGGCAGAAACCUUGAGCAGAACCAGACACCUGCUGAGACAGUGCCGGCAAUAUGGGGAGAUAAAGAAAGAAAGAGAUUGGUACAGUCUUAAGAUCAACAACAAAAACAGUUAAUUCACUCAACAACUAGUUAAUUCACAUAGUGCAAAACAGAUAUCAGGUUUCUUUUACAUGGUUUGGAUCUACUCCUGCAGAUUUGUGUGCUCUCCUUGUUUGUCAUUACUGAGUUUGUUGUACCUGACUGGAUUUUUCUGCUCACUGCUGAUAAAUGAUAUUUACUUUUUUAUCAUGACUCUUGAACCCUGAAAACUCGACCAUGUUUUAACCUUUUGACACUACCUGCCACCCACACUGUCCUUGAAAAGUUUAAGCAAGAACUUUUGUAAUCUGCACCUGUCCAAACAGGUUUUCCAAAGAUAAUUUACAUCACUGACAAUUUUACCAACAUUGGUUUCUGAAUAUUUUAUUAAACAUAAUGUAAUAAAGCACUACUUGUACUGCAAAGUCGCACAAACUGAAGGUCCAUUUCCAAAAUAAAUACACACCUGCUCAUAAAAGCUCACAACACAAGAAUAAAACAAGGAGACAAUAAAGCAAGACAUACCAAUAAAAGGCAACAUGGCUUUAAACACGGUAGUAAGUUUCUUCUAUAUAUACACUCACCGGCCACUUUAUUAGGUACACCAUGCUAGUAACGGGUUGGACCCCCUUUUGCCUUCAGAACUGCCUCAAUUCUUCGUGGCAUAGAUUCAACAAGGUGCUGGAAGCAUUCCUCAGAGAGCUUGGUCCAUAUUGACAUGAUGGCAUCACACAGUUGCCGCAGAUUUGUCGGCUGCACAUCCAUGAUGCGAAUCUCCCGUUCCACCACAUCCCAAAGAUGCUCUAUUGGAUUGAGAUCUGGUGACUGUGGAGGCCAUUUGAGUACAGUGAACUCAUUGUCAUGUUCAAGAAACCAGUCUGAGAUGAUUCCAGCUUUAUGACAUGGCGCAUUAUCCUGCUGAAAGUAGCCAUCAGAAGUCGGGUACAUUGUGGUCAUAAAGGGAUGGACAUGGUCAGCAACAAUACUCAGGUAGGCUGUGGCAUUGCAACGAUGCUCAAUUGGUACCAAGGGGCCCAAAGAGUGCCAAGAAAAUAUUCCCCACACCAUGACACCACCACCACCAGCCUGAACCGUUGAUACAAGGCAGGAUGGAUCCAUGCUUUCAUGUUGUUGACGCCAAAUUCUGACCCUACCAUCCGAAUGUCGCAGCAGAAAUCGAGACUCAUCAGACCAGGCAACGUUUUUCCAAUCUUCUAUUGUCCAAUUUCGAUGAGCUUGUGCAAAUUGUAGCCUCAGUUUCCUGUUCUUAGCUGAAAGGAGUGGCACCUGGUGUAGUCUUCUGCUGCUGUAGCCCAUCUGCCUCAAAGUUCGACGUACUGUGCGUUCAGAGAUGCUCUUCUGCCUACCUUGGUUGUAACAGGUGGUUAUUUGAGUCACUGUUGCCUUUCUAUCAGCUCGAACCAGUCUGGCCAUUCUCCUCUGACCUCUGGCAUCAACAAGGCAUUUCCGCCCACAGAACUGCCGCUCACUGGAUAUUUUUUCUUUUUCGGACCAUUCUCUGUAAACCCUAGAGAUGGUUGUGCGUGAAAAUCCCAGUAGAUCAGCAGUUUCUGAAAUACUCAGACCAGCCCUUCUGGCACCAACAACCAUGCCACGUUCAAAGUCACUCAAAUCACCUUUGUUCCCCAUACUGAUGCUCGGUUUGAACUGCAGGAGAUUGUCUUGACCAUGUCUACAUGCCUAAAUGCACUAAGUUGCCGCCAUGUGAUUGGCUGAUUAGAAAUUAAGUGUUAACGAGCAGUUGGACAGGUGUACCUAAUAAAGUGGCCGGUGAGUGUAUAUAUAUACAAUAACAACAAGCAGAAUGUUAUUUGAGUGAUUUUGAUGCGAGUCAGAGCUUUGUUGGGUCACUCUCUGAUGUGAACCUGUGGGACUCUGUCCUCUCUGACAGUACAAUUCAAAACGUGUAUUCUCGGCAGGGAGAUCUGAAGGCAAAUGAUGUUGACUGGCAAAGUAUACCGCUUGAAGUUCAUGGAAAUGCUCAUGUCAUUAAAAUGGAGGUGUAGUCAUGAUGCAAAAACAUGAAAGGCAAGAACAAUGGAGGCAAGAAGGUCAGGAUAAGCUCUGCAAUCAAGACCUGGCUCUUUUGGCUCCUAAAAAACUUUUGAUCAUACCAGGAGGAGGAUUUUAUUACUGUACUCCUCCAGCUUACAAAGUAUAUGACCUGUCAGUAGUUGCUCUCCACCAUUCUUUUACAGAGUCACCUUAAACAGACAGAUAACAAAAGCAGACCAGACAGCGAGGAAGCAAAAAACUGUGAAAUUAAUAUACAAAAAAAUCAAGUGGUUCUCUUUCUGAUGUUGUGGUUUGCUAGUUUGAUUAGACAUUCCAUAGCUGAUCAAGCUAUAUUUGGAGAUGAAGAGAGCUUAGACUUAUUGUGAAAGUAGCUGCUGAAUUUUGCACUUUGGAUGCAUUUUUUUAUUUCUGAUUCAUACCUGUGAAAAGAUAAUUACAGUGAAAUUAAUUGUGAGGAAAUAAAACCACAAAUAAUUGUUUGUCAUUAACGUUAGCACAGAUCUCAACGAUAUUUCUUAGAUGGCAAAAGCAUAAUUGGAUAACUGUUUCUGUAUGUGUCUGAAAGGUGAGGCGACUGUCAAAAGUAACUCUAAGGUUUCUUACAUUUUGUUUUACGUGAAGUGAGAGAUAACCAAGGCAGGACUUAACAUCGGGGUGCAAGUUCUCUGAGCUAAUACUGAAUAUUUCAGUUUUGUUCGGCUUGAUUUUAAGAAAUUUGCUGCCAUUCAGUUUUUAAUACCAGCAAAAAGUGUGUGAGGUGAGAGGCGUUUCAGUGUUGCUUGCAUCUCCAGGUAGAUACAGCUGAUUUUCAUCAGCAUAGCAGUGAAAUGAAAUAUUUUGUUUUAUUUAACCAAGCAGCAGCAUGAAGACAGAAAACAUAAUCUGUCCCUAAACCGAUCCCUGAGGUACUCCAAAAUUCACGUCACAUUAAGUGGAAAUGUGCUCUCAAAUUGACAUGUGAAGUUUUUUAACUUGUGUCUAAUACUGCACCUUAAUCCAACAGCACAAGGUCAGAGCACACAAUAGUAUCUGCUUAUUCAUAAGUAGAUCACAAGUAUCAAAAAUAAGCAAAGACUCAGUUCUAUGUUCCUGUCUAAAACCAGACUGGAGCUUGAAAUGUGCUCAUUAGCUGGAACAAGACAGGAAUACUUGAUAAUGGAAUUUGACUUCCACAGUGUUAAUGUUGAGUGGGCGAGAUAAUUGGCUGGAUUUCCACUUGGGUUAGAUUCACCUGAUUGUUGUUCAAUGGAAAAUCACCACUGAUGUCCCAUUUAGGAUGACUCAGUAUUUCCACAUAGUGAUAUUAAGCCAAGAAUCAUGUAAUGAUAAGAUGUAUUUACUUGUUGAUGACCAUGUUUGUCUAUCAGUGAGCAAUUAUGGGGAGGAGAUCGAGAAAUCACAAUAUAAAAAUCCUACCUGCUCAGAUGGUCUACAGUCAUUUUGUGGCAGCCCAGUGAGUAUGAAUCUUCUUAAACUUCUCAAUCUUUAUACAGACUAAUGAAGUACAGUCAUUGAGCAUUUGAGUGACUUUGCUAAUCAUCCUGCAGAUUUGUACAAGAUGAAGUUUUCAGGUGUCCUGUUCGUCAUCGCAGUCUCUGUGGCAUUGGCCAGUAAGUUUAUUAUUUUCCUUUGAGUCUUAAACAUGCACAGUUUGAUUUAAUGUUGAUCUAAUAAUUAGGGUUCAAGAGUUUAGUUGCUUUAAAAUGUGAUAAUUGAAUUCAGAGGUGAUGAUGAGGAAAGUCACAGCACACACUCUUAUCACAGAUUAGUCAUUUUUUCGGUCAAUCGGAAAAGUGAACUUCAUGUCAUUUUGGUUCAUGCUUUUUGUGUUUUGGUCAGACUAAAUGUUCAAUAAAGCAAAUUUCAGAACCACUGUAACAUUUUCUGUUUACAGAGGGUACUACCAUGAAGACCUUGGUGUUCCCAGAGGAGAGUGACGACAGCUAUGCUGUGGUUGGCCCUCAGACAACUCUGAACCUGGGAGCUUUCACUCUGUGCAUGAGGGUAGCCACAGAGCUCAGAGGUCGUCGUGAGUUCUCCCUCUUUUCAUUCCGGAGCGUGGACCAUGAUGAGAUGGGUGUGUGGCGUGAGAAGGAUGGCAGGUAGACAUGUACUACUACAAAGUCUUCCAGCUAACACAGACUAAAAACAACCAUGACAGACUACUAUUGCUAUUAAUGCUUAUUACACUAUUCGGUACUGCAGGAAUAUUACCAUAUACAGGACAAAUACAAGACAACCCUGAUGUUUAUAUCAGAAAGGGCUUUUUUGAAGGCAAAAUUUAGUGUUUGUGCAGAAAGCUAUGUACAUAUAAUAUGACAGCUUCAUCUUGUUUACUUUUCUUCCUCUUCUGCUGAGGUUUUGUUUACUUACGGCUUCCUUCAAUGUGUUUAUAUUGUUCAACUAGGGCAGUCUGGUUCAGGUCAUGGUGUAUAUAUGUAGGCAUCAUUGAAAUAUGUUAGUCCAUUAUAACAAAAAUUUGACCUCCUGGUUUAUAAAAGUCCAGUUUUGAAGUCAAAUUAAGUGAAAAAUUGAUUCACCUAUUAAUAUAUUCCAGUUAGACAUACAGGCUUUAGUUAAAAAAAUGAAAAUUAAAAAAGGUAUAGCGUUUUUUUUCACUUAGUGGGCUUAUCAAAGAAUAAGAAGUUUUUACAUGUUCAGUUUUGUAAAUGUAUAGGAUUCAGAGAUUAAAUCCUUAGUAGAUAUGUUUAAUAAUAGUGAUCUUAAUAUUCAAAAUAGCUGUGAUUAUAAUUUUUGCCAUUAGCAGUACCAGUACCAACCUCUUUUUUAAAAGUGACAACAGAGACAUUUGGUUCAGAAGAGCCCUCAUGAUUAAAUAAUUAUAACAUUUUAAGUAACAUUGAAUAGUAAAACCUAUUAAUCUGUAAAUCCUUUAUAUACAGUGGUCAAUUUUCUUCAUCUUCUGUAUUUUUUGUAUCAGUUAACACUAUGAUGUUCUGUUAUACAAGCAUGAAUAAUAUAUAUUCUUAUGUUUUUGUCUAGUUUGUCCCUCUACCUGCAGAGCAGUUCAGAUCACAUACGUUUCGAACUCCCUGAGCUAAACUCCAUGAUGAGCCACCUGUGUGUGACAUGGGAAUCCCUCACUGGUGCAACAACCUUCUUCGUGGAUGGGAAGAAAAGUUUGACCAAAAUCUACAGGAGGGCUUUCACUGUGCAAGCCGAAGGAAAGGUCCUCCUUGGACAAGACGCAGACAGUUAUUUGGCUGAUUUUGAAGCGAGACAGAGCUUUGUUGGGUCACUCUCUGAUGUGAACCUGUGGGACUCUGUCCUCUCUGACAGCGCAAUUCAAAACGUGUAUUCUCGGGAGGGAGACUUGAAGGCAAAUAUUAUUGACUGGGAAACUGCACAGCUUGUACUUCACGGGAGUGUUCAUGUCGUAAACGUGGAGGUGUAGUCAUGAUGCAAAAACAUGACAGGCAAGAAGGGCAAGAUAAGCUCUGUAAUAUAUAGUCAGCCAAAAUAACAUCUGUAUAACAUCCAUGUGUGAAUCACUAAUGAUGGUUGACCAGCGCACAAUGUCUUUCUUGACACUUCAAUAAACAUUUUUGCCGGCAAG